AUGCCUCGUUGGGUUCAAUCCAAGCACUUCCGCGGCAAAGCUCCUCCUCGUCACAGAGAGCCAGAUGACGAGAACCAAGGUCAACGCCGCGCAUACUGCGCCGACUGUCGCAUCAUUCAGCCUGCAAACCACCAAUGCACUCCAAUUUGCCAGCGCUGCGGCACGCCUUUCUUCGGCGGAAUGGGCUGCGAGCCUACCUCCUACUGUGGUGCUUUGCCUUGCUGUGGAUGCUGCGACACUACCACCCCUCCUCCUCCUCCUCCUCGACGCCAGGCGUCUAAUGCCCGCCUGGACCUUGAGAAAGUCGACGAAGCCCUGGCUCAGUACCAGUCCGAGCAGUCCGCCUCACAGGCAACGUCUCCCAACCAGCCGAAGGAAGACGGAAAAGCCAAGGAGGGUAAGAGCGCCCAGAAGAAGGGCAACCUCCAGAAGAAGUGA